UGGUUAUAAUCUUGCCAUAAAAUGUUUACAGAUAAAUUUCUUUUUAUUCUGCCAUCUAGCGGUGCUCUUUGGAAACUGUGAGGUAACUGAGCAGUGCAAGACUCCCCAUACGUCCUGUUCUACGAGUGGCAAGUGUUUAUGUAAUUUCGGCUACACUUUUCUUUAUGGAGAAGGAUGUGUUCAAAAUCCUAACAAAUCCACGAAAGAAAAGAACGUUUACAUGGCUGUUCUGGUAGUCAUGACGAUCAUUAUGUUUAUAGUCGUGGGGAUCAUCAUCAUAUUCCUGGCAAGACGGGUUAUCUGUUAUGGUGGUGGUGGACAAAACAACGAAAGACCCAACGAUACCUUAACUAUUAACAAUCAACCAGGAUCUGUCCUGUCAGUUGAUAAACCCCCCACUUAUGAAGAAGUUAUGGACCGAGAAGAAGAG